GGCGGGGCGGGGCCGGCGCGCGCCGGGGGCGGGGCCGCCGCGGGAGGGGGCGGGGCCUGCGGCACAGGCUUUCGUCGCCCCGUGCAAUGCCCGUCCAUUCAAAUCUCCUUCUUCAAGAUGGCGUCCAUGAGGGAGAGCGACACAGGUUUGUGGCUUCACAACAAGCUGGGGUCGGCGGACGAGCUCUGGGCGCCUCCCAGCAUCGCCUCGUUGCUCACUAAGGACGUCGUGGACAACAUCCGAGUGUGUUUUCACGGCCUCUCGUCGGCGGUGAAGCUGAAACUGCUGCUGGGGAUCCUGCACCUUCCCAAGCGGACGGUGGACGAGAUGAAAAAUUCUUUGACUGAAAUUGUGCAUCUUGCUGCAAUGGAUUCUGACUCCUGGGUUCAGAUGGUAGCAGAUAUUCUAAAAACUUUUCCUGACACUGGCUCACUCAACCUUGAACUAGAGGAACACAAUCAGAAUUUACAAGAAAUUCUUGGUGAACUCCGAGAAAAAGUUAAUGAAUGUGAAGCCUCUGCUAUGUUGCCUUUGGAGUGCCAGUACUUGAACAAAAAUGCCCUGACAACCCUCGUGGGACCCCUCACGCCACCAGUGAAACAUUUUCAACUUAAGCGAAAACCCAAAAGUGCCACGCUCAGAGCAGAACUGUUACAAAAGUCAACAGAAACUGCACAGCAGCUCAAAAAGACCUCUGGAGUGCCUUUUCUAGCCAAAGGGAGAGGUUUGGUUAAGAAAAUCGAUACCACUACACCCCUCAAAGGUAUCCCAAAGCAAGCUCCAUUCCGGAGCCCCACUACUCCCAGUGUCUUCAGUCCAUCAACAAAUAGAACACCAAUGGCUGUUCGGACACCAGUGCGAAAAGAAAGAGGAGUGAAGUUGCUGGACAUAUCAGAGCUUGAUAUGGUAGGUGCUGGCCGGGAAGCUAAAAGGAGAAGGAAGACACUAGAUACAGAAGUUGCAGAAAAACCUGCCAAAGAAGAAAUGGUUGUUGACAGCGUCACACCAGAUUAUGCUGUUGGUCUGGUCUCCACACAGAAACUUGGUGCUUUGAGUAAUGAUAAUGCACUACCAUCUACUAGUUACUUACCUGCUACACCAAGUAUGGUGCCAUCAUCGUCGUACAUUUCCAGCUCUGAAACUCCACAAGCUAACACAGUCGGAUCAGUCCGGGAUGCUCUCCAGACAAACAGACUAUCGGAAGAGUCCACAGCUCCUACCUCUGGUCUACCUGGCCAGUUCAAACAAAGAACCCCAAUUUAUAACAGCAGCUCAACAACAUCUACCUCAACUACCACUGCCCCAACUACCGUGCCUGUCACAGUGACGGCUCCAACAACACCCGUACAGCAGCAAGCGCCGCCUCCACAGCAGACACAACAACAGCAGCAGGCACCGCAGCCACCACAGACACAGCCGUUGCAGCAGCCUCGCAAGAGUCUUUCACUCACAAGAGACCAAAUGUAUGCAGCCCAGGAAAUGUUCAAGACUGCAAACAAAGUCACCCGCCCAGAAAAGGCUCUUAUACUUGGGUUUAUGGCAGGUUCAAGAGAAAACCCAUGUCCAGAGCAGGGUGAUAUCAUUCAGAUCAAACUGAGUGAACAUACAGAAGUUCUACCGAAGGCAGAUGGUACAGGCAGCACCACAAUGUUGGUGGACACUGUCUUUGAAAUGAACUAUGCCACAGGGCAAUGGACCAGACUGAAGAAGUACAAGCCUAUCACAAAUGUGUCCUGAGGAUUCUACAGAACCAAGAACUUGUGGACCAAAUCCAAUGUUGUUAUCCUGACUACCACUGACCUGAGCUUUGAUGAUUGUAUUUUCAGAAGGUUCAAAACACUUGCAGAAAACACUUGCAUUGUGAUGCAGAAUUUAGAGCCACCCAAGAGUGAUACGAGACAAUAGAGAAGUGCUUUCCUGCAUUCAGUGUUUUUUAUAUCCUGUGGUAUAAAUGUCUUUUCUCAAAAAAAGGUCCAAACGUUCAACAACAGCAGCAGCUCCAGCAUGAAACUCCUUGCUUUAUGAAUAGCGUGUGGAACCUUGUGUUACAGCUGAAAGGAGAACCAUGUGGUCCCAACCUUGAGUUGUUUGUCUUGUCAUUUUUGGAAAUUCCAUGGGACAAUCAUUUAGCAGCCUUGAUUUGGUUCACUUUUAGCAGAGGGGUUUGAACUGGAGAGCAUUGGAAAGCCAGGCUUCCUGGUAUCUGGUGCCUUUGCGAACUCUCAUUGUCAGUUUUGUAAAUUAUUUUGUUGUAAAAGCAGCAUGAUUUAACAAUUUUCUAUUUUUUGUACAGUUGUAAAGAUUCUAGGUUUCUUGCUCAUGUGCUGUCAUACAGUGUAAGAUGUAAAUUAAUUUUUUAUGGAAACAUAAGUGCAGUCGAAAAAAUGCACAGCCAUAAUAGUUGGUUUUCCUGUGUUUAGGCAGCUGGUUGAACUGUCAGUGCUUAAGGGAUGACUGUGCUUUUACUGAGCAUACAGUAGUAAGCACAAUAAAAUUACAUUGUAACUGG